GAGUUGAAAGAUCACUCACGAGCCUGCAGCCAAAUAGAGGAGGGUUACUUCACUCUGUAGUACCUAUAUAACAUACUUUCCUCAGUCAUAAGAGGAAGAACAAGAAGAUAGGAGUGGCAAUGGUAAAACGAUCCAGAAACAUGCCAGGUGCCAUGGACACCACUGAGGCCGACUCCAAUACGCCAAAGUCGAUUAUCAUCUACCGCGGCGAUGUCAGUCCCGAGGUGCGUGCCCUGAUGCAUGAGUGGCGAAACGUGUUUCUUCCCUGGAGUAGCAAAAAGCUGCGCGGAAAAAAUAAAACAUUAAAAGAUUUCCUUGCGAUUGCCUCAACGUUUGGUGUGUCGCAUCUACAGCUAUUCACAUCCCCAUCUCAUGGCACCUUGCUGCGUAUCAUGCGUUUCUUUAACGGUCCUACACUGUCUUUUCGAGUGUUAAGUUUCACUCUCCGUCCUGAAAUUGUGAAGCAGCAGCGCCGAGUGGCUUCACUGGAUCGUGCAGUUUGGGAGGUUGCUCCCAUUGUCGUCUUAAAUAAUUUUCUACACCCGGAAGCGUUGAAGCGGCAGGAGGUUCCAUUGUUGGAGGCUACCUUCAAGGCUCUUUUUCCUACGGUAAACAUUCAAACAAUUCAGAACUCUGAAAUUCAGCGUGUUUGCCUUUUCCAUUAUGACCAUGUGGAGCACGUAAUCGAGGUGCGGCAUUACUAUGUUAAUUCCAAAACUACGGGUGUGACACGAACAGUGAAAAAACUGCUCGAGAAUCGACGGCCAACGAAAUUGGGUACUCUAAGUAGCAUUGACGAGGUUCUGGAGCGUGAGGAUGCUUGGUCAGACACGGAUGGUGAAGGUGAAGAGGUGUCUCUGGUUCAACCCUUCCGUCAACAUCGUGAACAGUGUCGUAUUAAGCUUCAGGAGAUAGGCCCGCGAAUGACUCUGGAGCUAAUUAAGGUAGAAAAUGGAUUUGCCUCAGGGGAGGUUAUUUACCAUCGCUUGGUGGAAAAAACACUGCAUGAGAUCCAAGAAAAUGCGCGCAAGGUACAUUCUAGAAAGGUGGAGAAGGCUAAGCGACGGGCCGAGCAGGACGCGAAUGUAGAACGAAAAAAGCGUCUAAGAGAAGAUAAGAUAGCACGCAAGAAAGAGCGUCGAGAACAAGCCCUUAGAGAUCAAGAGGCAAAUCCAUUCGAAGUCACAGGAGAGGAUGGUUAUGCAGGUGAUACAGACUAG